CUGUGCUGCCGGCUGGAAUUUCGCCCUCUGACGUCACUGCCUGUUACUCUCCCAGAUUUGGGAAAAAGAAGUUUCACUUUAAGUGGAGAUUUGAAACUCAGUGAUUCUUAGAAAGCAAGGUUUGUGAUUAUCGGGUGAUUUGUUUUUGCUCCUGUCUGUUGGAAAAGAAUCUGAUAUUUUUACAGAACCAUGUGGGGUGGCCAGAAUGAUGGUGACCAUCAAGGUCAUGUGACUGCACGGAUGGAGACCUGCUUACCUAUGGGUACCACCAGCAUUUCUGUAUCCCAGCAACAGUCUCCUAAGAAGUUUGCUCCUGUUGUGGCUCCCAAGCCCAAGUUCAACCCUUAUAAACAACUGGGGGAGGCAGCACAUGAGGGAGCUGGGGACUAUCCUCCACCUCCUCCACCUGCUGUUGACACCAGCGGGCUUCAGUGCCCCUCCACCUUCCCACCUCCUCCACCCAUGGAUGAGAGCUCCUUCAGCUUUCAGAUAAAGGGACCAGAGAAAACUCUGGAAGAGCGACGUUCCAGUCUGGAUGCUGAGAUCGACUCCCUGACGAGCAUCCUGGCCGACCUAGAGAGCAGCUCCCCAUACAAACCGCGCACGCCACAGAAUUCUGCCAACCCAGCUGUGUCAGGCUCCAAUGCCCCUGUCACAGGCUACAGGCGCAUGGUUAUUCCAACCCAACCUCCUCUAACUGCUACCAAGAAAUCCACCCCGAAACCUCAGGCCCCUCCAAAUGUCUCUCCUGCGGCUUCCCCUGCUCCACGCCCUCAAUAUCAGCCCACUCCCCAACCUGUUCCAGCAUCCUACACCACCGCCUCCACCCCGAGCCAACCCACCUUCAAUGUUCAGGUCAGGGCGGCCCAUUCUGGGCCCCAGCAGCAGCCGAUUCGCACUCCAGCCCAAGUGCAGUACAUGCCGGCUCAACCCAGAGCCCCUGACUUCGCGUAUGGGCCUCCGCAGCCGGGAUUCUGCCCAACUCCUUCAGGAGGCUACCAGGACCAGCACUAUGGUGGAGCUCCUGGUUAUGGAGGUCACAACACAUGGAGAGCUGAGCCAAGUCACCACGCUCCUCCUCCUGCCAGCCAAGGUUACCAGCCCAUCCCUCCAAAAAAGACCUACAUCACUGACCCUCCAGCCAGCCUGGCACCCUUCGGUGGUGGGCCCUCUGUUCCUCAUAAGGGCCGUCCUGAGGAGGAGCUGGACCGCCUGACUAAGAAGAUGUUGUAUGACAUGGACAACCCCCCCUCUCAGGAGUAUUUUGGUCGGUGUGCAAGCUGUGGAGAGAAUGUGGUGGGUGAGGGGACAGGUUGUACUGCCAUGGACCAGGUCUUUCAUGUUGGCUGCUUCAUCUGCAUGACCUGUGGCUCCAAGCUCAGAGGGAAGCCUUUUUAUGCUGUUGAAAAGAAAGCUUACUGUGAGCCCUGCUAUAUUAACACCCUGGAGAGCUGCAACAUAUGCAGUAAGCCUAUAAUGGAGCGUAUACUGCGGGCGACUGGGAAGGCCUAUCAUCCUCAUUGCUUUACCUGUGUGGUGUGCCACCGAAGUCUGGACGGCAUUCCCUUUACUGUGGACGCCUCCAACCACAUCCACUGCAUUGAAGACUUCCACAAAAAAUUUGCCCCACGUUGCAAUGUGUGUAAAGAGCCCAUAAUGCCAGCUCCUGGCCAGGAGGAGACUGUGCGUAUUGUUGCCUUGGACCGUGACUUCCAUGUGCAGUGUUACCGCUGUGAGGACUGUGGCUGUCUUCUCUCUGAGGGGGACAAUCAGGGUUGCUACCCUCUGGAUGGGCAUGUUCUCUGCAAAAACUGCAACACCAGUCGCAUCCAGACCCUCACUGCCAAGGCUACGACUGACCUCUGAGUCACAAACACACAGUAUAUACAGUACAUGCACAUCCCUGGUAUCCCUGCAGAUGCAUUCAUCAAAUAUUGAGAAACACCAUAUCCUGUCAAAUCACUGCAUGCAAAUAUUUAUGCCCAGACAUACUCAAUGCACAUGUACGCAUAAAGCUGUCAUUCCACUUAAGAAGCCACAUCUUUUCUUGUUGCUCAUGCGCCUCCACACACUGUAUUAAAAUUGCACUCAUAUAUUCUGUCCAGGGAAAAUUAUUCCUUCUUAUAAGCAGAUAUGUAUUCCUCAAGGCUCACAACAGCUGCUUUUGAACACAUAAAUAAUGUACAGGUAGACCUUAUCAGAGAUACUGUAUAUAGAGACAGAUGGUGUUUUCAAAAUGCUCCAGUCAGUUUUUAGCAAUGUUUUUAAAGCAAUAGUUUAUCCAAAAUUGAAAAUUCUGUCAUCAUUUACUCACCCUUAUGUCAUUCCAAACCCAUAUGUUCAGAAGAAUAUUAGCAUCAGUCACCAUUCACUUUCAUUUUCUGGGAAAAAAAAUAGAUGCAAUGAAAGUGAAUGGUGACUGAAGCUAACAUUCUGCCUAACAUGAGUGUGAGUAAAUGAUAACAGAAUUUUUUGGGUGCACUAUCCCAUUAAUAAUAGUUGAUAAAAACCCUCAUAGAACAUCACAAGACAGUACCUCUGAAAAGAGACAAUGCUCUACAAUCAAUAUAAUUUUUGGUAUGUAUCUGACCUAUGACUUUGAUUUUAAAAUGUAUAACUCUGUUGAAACUGUAUUUCACCAUCAAACACAGAGCCAACAUCUAUGGAAAUACAUUUUCAUGCAGUGCUACCAGUUAUAUAAACAAAGUCACACCAAUGGACACAAGUAUACAAACUCAUACUCUCUGCAAUGGCUUUUCAUAGCUUUAUCUCAUAAUGCAGAUACAAACAUGCUUGCCUGGAAUUUUUUGCAAUAUAUAAUUCAAACACAGUUGAAUGGCAUAUUAAAUGCAUAUAACAUUGAAACCUCCUGAUAUAUUAUGAUGCCUCUGAUAAAUUCUGUUGGGAAUCUUGAGGUUUCAUUUUUGCAAAGGUACACAACAUUUACAGGUAUAGAAAGACCCUGACUCUGACCUUGAUUCAUGCAUCAGACCUGCUUCAUUAUCAGCAUGUUUUGAUAACAUACAGAUGUAAACACUGUUUAUAAACACACAGCCUUUUUAUGCACACAUUUCUGAAUUCAGCCUUUGAGAUAAAAGUCACCAAAGAGCUACAUUUACUUUCUCUGGGAAAGUGUGUAUGUAUAUUGUUGUAUGCUUAUGAAAUCUGGGAAAUCGGGAAGAGUAUUUUAUCACUUAAGGACUGUGAAUAACCUUCAGUAGCUCAUGUAAGACUCAAAGCCCAAAUAUGCUGUGGUUCAUUUAGUGCGAUCUCCUGGUUCGUCCUCAAUGGAACACUUUAAUUCAAGCUAAUUUAAUUAGAAAUAUCCUAUGCUUAUAGUUUUGUUUGGUUUGGUGUUUUUUCUUUUUUUUUUUUUUUCGCUCAGUUAUUGCAUUUAUUUGUAUAUCAUGAGUGAAAAAUAUUGAGGAUGUAUUGGGAUAAAAUGUAUGCAUUUUCAGAUAUGCACAGUGAAUUGUGUAAUACUUAACUAUGUAAUAGCAGAAUGAGAAUAAUUUGGUAUUAAUGUAAAAGUCUCAGAGGAAACAACAAAUGCUCUCAGAUUAGGUUUAAAGUUUGACAAUCAGGGCAGAAAGGAUUUGGGAAAAACUUUGUUGUAUUUUUUCUAAUUUGAUCUACAGUGAGGCUUAAAAGGCUGAUGUGCUCUCUUACAUAGCCCAGUGAACAAUAUUUUAACUAUUCUCAAAUUGUGAAUUUAUUGUAGUAUUAGUUACUUAUAAGAUAGAUAUUAAACAUAGGAAAAUCAUUUAAGGAUAAGAAUUCUACUUUCAUAAUUUUGUAAAUGGAUAAUAUCAUUAUGCAAAUUUCUUCUAUGUUGUUACAUUGACACUUUACGUAAAGGGACAGUUCACCCAAAAAUUACAAUUCUCUCAUCAUUUAUUCAGGACAUAAAUAUUGAUCCGUUUCUCACCCACAUAUUGUAUUGCUUCUGAAGACAUGAAUUUAACCACUGGACCUACAGAGCUGAGAUAUCCUUCUAAAAAUCUUUGUUUGUGUUCAGCGGAAGACAAAGUCAUACACGUCUGGGAUGGCAUGAGUGUGAGUAAAUAAUGUGAGAAUUUUCAUUUUGGGGUGAACUAUCCCUUUAAGAAUGAUAUGCAGACAUUUUUUUUUCAAGUGUUUGAGCUGUUCUUAAAACUACAGUGCACACAGUUUUGGAAAAUCGGAAAUUAUGAAUAUAUAUCUACAGAGUGCCAUCAUAAAUAAAAAUUUUCAAGAGUUAACAACCCAGGAAAAUUUCAGUCAUAUCGGUUUACAGCAGCGAUGCCCCAGGGAGUUUCCCCUCUGGUUGCAAGGGUAAAUUCAUAUGUGAAAAACAGUAAACAAUUAUAAACAAUAUAUAUGCAUACUGGAUAUUUAUAUAUAUGUGGUCAUAGACCCUUCUUGAUUUAUUAUGGCAAUUUGUUGAUUAUUCUGUAUGUAAAACUAAAUGCACUGUGGCUUUAAGCCAUGAGAGCUACGUUUGUGCUUCAGUGCUUCAAUCUAUACCUCCUUUUCUUAGUACUUUUUCUAAAUGUGCUGUGCCUUUUCCAGCCUGUGUGGAACUGGGGUGUUUUAACUUAAUCGAGCACAGAAACCGCUGUUUGUGGCUGGUGCUGUGUGUAGUUUUUUGUAAUUCACACUACCUAGAGGCAAUGCAUAUUUGCUACUUGAACUGAUAUUUUUUUUUUUUUUUCAUUUUUUAGAUAGAAAGACCAAAUAUUUCAAGUCUUAAUUAGACAUUUGAGAGUGUUGAAAUAUUAAGUGUUAUUGGAAAGAUAAUUAUUUCAGAAUUAUUUGCCACAAAUAUGCUGUCCUUACUUUUCCUUGCUUUUUACUUCACAAAAGCGAGUUCUUUUUACACAUAUUGCUAAUAGAUUUAUCUCAAUUUGAAUUUAAUUAAUUAAUUCGUAUCUAUAAAGCAUUCCUUUACCAUGUAAGUUGUAUUUGUAAGGGUUUUAUUCUGUUUUUCUAGUAUAUGAUCUGGUGCAAUUGCGCACACACAGUACCUUGUUUCAUGUUGUGCCAAUUUGUGAUCAUUCAAUAGCAAUAACCUGCUGAUUAUAUAAGACUGUUGUUACAACAUAUUCCAAAUACCAGCAUUUAAGUGCUGAAAUACAUAAGUAAAACCUAUUGAAAACAUAUAGGACUGGUGGAAAGCUGUCAUAUACUUAAUUGGGCACUUUUAUUUUUAUUUUUUUCCUUUCAUCAAAAAAGGUAGUUUAAAGGAACCUAAUCUGUGCCCUGGUGACAUUCUGAUUAUGUACUUGGAUUCUGUUCUUCCACUCUGAUAUUUUUAUCAUGUACAACUUGCUCUAUAAUUAAUAAACCUUUUGAAAA